AUGCACGUGAGCAGGCCGCCUCGCUCCUUCUCCGUCGCCGCACCUGCCUUCCGUAGACCCAAGGAAGCGACGGCCGUGGGUUCCCGUGCUCUAAGAAAGAGGCAACGGCGAGGGCGCGGCAGUGGUAUCCAGGGAAGGCGGGCUCGGUCUGCCCCACGAGUCCACUUCCUAGACGGCGCGGCGCCCCAGUGCUGGAGGCGGCGAGGCAUCCCGGCGGCAGAGGCGGCGCAGGCGUCCGUGCGCGGCCUCCAACCAGGCAACCAGGAGCCGACCAAGGUGACCCUGCCGUCCGCCGCCCUUCCCUGUCCGCCGACUGAGCAGCCGAGCCCGCCCUUCUUCUGCUCCACCGGCUCAAGCCUCAAGCAUUUGCCUGUUCAGAAGAGACCAUUUGUGAAAUAUGAACUCAAGAGACUUAAUGCUGAAUGGCCUAAGGAGGUGGUAAAAAGGCAGAAGAAAUAUAAUAGGAAGGUGAACAUCACAGCAACAGAGAAAGCUGAGUUUAGGAUCUCAGUUCAGGCAAGCACGUCGGCACCAGUAUUGCAUCAGGUGAACAUUGUCGAUCUUCUCAGCUCUGGGAGCGAUGACAUCACCGAGUCCAAGAUGGUCAGGAUGCAGCAAAUAAGGAAAAUAUGGAACCUAAUGGAACAGAUGAUUGAUUGCAUAGGAAUGAUUCACUCCAUGCAAAUAACAUUGAUGAUAUAG